AUGAAACCGCUGCGCCGAGAAAAGAACCAAUAUGCCCAACGGAAAUGCCAACAGAGCCAUGGCAUACUGUUCACAUCGAUUUAUGUGGUCCGCUUCCGAACGGAAAAUCUCUCUUGGUGGUCGUCGACAACGCCUCCAGAUGGCGAAAUCAUCACUUCGACGACAACCGGGUCCAUCAUCACACGACUACGGCGCAUUUUCGCUACUCAUGGUAUCUCCAACACCAUCGUAAGUGACAAUGGUCCGCAGUUCGUGUCCGCGGAAUUCGAAGAAUACUUGCGCGACAACGGUAUCGAACAUCGACGCGUGACACCAUACCAUCCGCAAGCAAACGCAACAGUAGAGCAACUCAAUGCGACAGUUCUCCGUGCUCUCCGACGAGCUCGACAAGAAGGAAGAGACUUGAACGAAGCCUUACAGUCCUUUCUGCUUGUAUACCGAACCACUCCACAUGCCGCUACAAAAGCGACCCCAGCUCGCUUUCUGUGUAAUCGCGAAUUUCGAACCGAAAUGCCAUCGGUGUCGAAAUCGAAAAUGAGCAAGGAGUUCAAAAAAGCUAGAAAGGCUGAUUUUGUCUAUAAAAACAAAAUGAGCGCCGCUGAUAAAGCUAAGUCUAAGAGAAAUGCAACAGGAAUUAACAUGGAAGAUCAGGUGAUUAUACUAAGGCCCAGGCCAAAUAAAAUGGCCCCAAGAUAUGAUCCACAACCGUGGAAAUUUGUCAAAAUCAAGGGAAAGUGUGUCGAAAUCACUGAUAAUAAUGAAACAACGAUGCGGCACUUGUCUAAAGUGAAGCGCUACCACGGACAUGACGAACACCUAAGCGAUAACGACAUCGGUAGCGACAUCGAGGACGAUUACGUGCCUCCUCAACCACAUCUUAACGAUAACAGCUCUUCAACCGCACCCCGUCGGUCAUCGCGAGAGCGAAGGGAACCCAGUCGUCUCAACUACUAUGACAGAGGGAACCCUCUAGUUUGA